UGUAUCGGGCUGUCUCUCCACAUCAAUCCGGCCAUCGGGAGGCUCCUAUCGGGUUCUAAUGUCGUCGUCGCGGUGAUCGUGGUGCGGGGGAUGGGUGUUGCAGCGGGGAACACUAACGUUUGAGAAAGAUGUCCAACAUCCUCGAUGCGGCGUCCAAAGUGAGAUGGGACCGCUCGGCCGCGGCGAAGCGAGCCGUGUUCCUUGCGGCUGCCGCGUACGGCGUCAAAACACUGUACCCCAUCAUCUGCAAGCAGCUCCGCAAAAACACAGAGCAGGGGAGCAACCGCCGGGGAGCCAGAGCCGAAAAUGGCUCCGCGUUUCCGGAGAACCCUCGGAUCCACGCCGGGGAGCAUAAGAAGGCUUCCCCCGGGGUGAAUGCGGAAUUUUUCAGGCAGAUCCUCGAACUUGGCAAGAUCCUCUUCCCCAAGCUGGUUUCCAGGGAGCUCGGCUUGCUCUCCUUGCACUCGGUGGCGCUCAUAUCCAGGACGUUUCUCUCUAUUUACGUGGCCAGCCUGGACGGGAAGAUCGUGAAAACCAUCGUGGAGAAGAAGCCCAAACGCUUCGUCUUCCAGCUGAUCAAAUGGCUCCUCAUUGCCAUCCCGGCCACGUUCGUCAACAGCGCCAUCCGGUACCUGGAGUGCAAGCUGGCUCUGGCCUUCCGCACCCGGCUCGUGAACCAUGCCUACCGGACCUACUUCACCGAUCAGACCUACUACAGAGUCAGCAACAUGGACGGGAGACUGGCCAACCCGGACCAGUCCCUCACCGAGGAUGUCAUGAUGUUCUCCCAGUCGGUGGCGCAUCUCUACUCCAACCUCACCAAGCCCAUCCUGGAUGUGAUGCUGACCUCCUACACGCUGAUCCAGACGGCCAGAUCCCGGGGGGCUAACGCCACCGGGCCCACGCUGCUGGCCGGCCUGGUGGUCUUCGCCACGGCUAAGGUCCUGCGCGCGUGCUCGCCCAAAUUUGGUAAGCUGGUAGCCGAGGAGGCUCACAGGAAGGGCUACCUGCGAUAUGUGCACUCCAGGAUCAUUGCUAAUGCGGAGGAAAUAGCUUUCUACAGAGGACACAAGGUGGAGAUGUGUCAGCUGCAGAAGUGCUACCGCGCUCUGGCGGACCAGAUGAACCUGAUCCUGUCCAAGCGUCUCUGGUACAUCAUGAUCGAGCAGUUCCUCAUGAAGUACGUGUGGAGCGGCAGCGGCCUCGUCAUGGUGGCCGUGCCCAUCAUCACGGCCACCGGCUUCGCCGACAACGAAACGGCCGACGGACAGACGCAGGUGAUGGUGAGCGAGAGGACCGAGGCGUUCACCACCGCCCGCAACCUCCUGGCGUCGGGAGCCGACGCCAUCGAGAGGAUCAUGUCCUCCUACAAAGAGGUCACAGAGCUGGCGGGCUACACGGCGAGGGUCCACAACAUGUUUGUGGUGUUCGAGGACGUCCAGAAGGGCAUCUACAAGCGCUCGUCGCUGUCGGCCACGGCGGCGACGGAGAAGAAGAGCAAACCCGAGAUGCACAUCGACGGACCGCUGGAGAUCAAGGGUGAGGUGAUCGAUGUGGAUAAGGGCAUCGUGUGCGAGAACGUCCCGAUCAUCACGCCGAACGGAGACGUGGUGGUGUCCUGCCUCAACUUCAAGGUGGAGGAGGGCAUGCACCUGCUGAUCACUGGACCCAACGGCUGCGGCAAGAGCUCCCUGUUCAGGAUCCUCAGCGGCCUGUGGCCCGUGUACGGCGGGCGGCUGCACAAACCCUCUCCUCAACACAUGUUCUACAUCCCUCAGAGGCCGUACAUGUCAAUGGGUUCCCUCCGGGACCAGGUCAUCUACCCGGACUCGGUGGAGGACAUGAGCGCCAGAGGACUGAGCGACAAGGACCUGGAGGCCAUCUUGGAUAUCGUCAACCUGAACCACAUUGUCACCAGAGAAGGAGGCUGGGAUGCUGAGCUGGACUGGAAAGACGUGCUGUCAGGCGGCGAAAAGCAGAGGAUGGGAAUGGCUCGCAUGUUCUACCACAAGCCCAAGUACGCCCUGCUGGAUGAGUGCACCAGCGCCGUGAGCAUCGACGUGGAGGGAAAGAUUUUCCAGGCCGCCAAGGAUACGGACAUCUCCCUGCUCUCCAUCACGCACCGGCCCUCCCUCUGGAAGUACCACACCCACCUGCUGCAGUUCGACGGCGAGGGCGGCUGGCGCUUCGAGCAGCUGGACACGGCGACGCGCCUCUCCCUCACCGAGGAGAAGCAGCGGCUGGAGGCGCAGCUGGCCGGCAUCCCCGAGAUGCAGCUCCGCCUCAACGAGCUCUGCAAGAUCCUGGGAGACGACUCCGUCCUCAAAACGGCCCAGGAGUGAGGGGGGCGGGGGGGGUGAAGAAAAAACAGAGAUAUGGAAAAUUCUGACAAUUCCUUUCUUUCCUCUCUUUUAACGUUUGGUUUUAGAGCGCUCAGCUGUCAGGAUCAGUCUGCUGCCUUCCCAUGUGAUCAACCCAAAUUCGCUGAGACGUUUGAUUUGUUUUACAGCACUUUACUCUGCCUUUAGAGGGCUUCUUCCCUUUCCUUUUAGCCGAAUUCAGACGGAGACCUUUUUUAACCUUGAACCACUAUCAGUAUUCCAGGUCCUUUAUGUGUUUACCUCCAUCAUUUAGUCAGAGAUUUGAACUCAAUUAGGUCAGAAGAGGCCAUUUCCCCCCCCCCCCCCCCCCCCCCCCCCCCCCCCCGUGUCCAAAUAUGCCUUUGUUUGAUUUGUUGUGUUUGGAGCCGCCGCACAGUCCCUUCGCCUUUAUACCUCGCCGUGUCGCAGCGACACACGCAGGAUCCGCUGCGUCUAUUAUUAGAGCAAUUAGUGACGCCGGCCUGGCUCCAAAAACUAUAGCUUUCUGGUUUGCUGAACAAAUACAAUGAGCUUGGAAAGAGGGUCCUCUCCGUAGGGGCGAGCUGACGUGUGUGUGGAGGCAGGAUGGAGAGUGCACAGGGUGCGAUUUGUAAGAUGAAAGCAGAAGACGGGGUGCGUUUGAUGUGUCUCAUGACGUUUAUGAAAUUGUUAAAUGCAAUUGCGGGACGCAGACAGGCGCAGAGACUCGCCGUAGUGUUCAAUCCGAAAGGACGAGCUGCUGAAUCGCACCCGUCAAUAAAUACUGACAACACGAGACUUCAGAAACUGUCCUCUGCUCAGUGUCGAUAGUUCUCAUUUUUUUCCACGGUACGAGCCAGCUGAUUCUCAAUCUAAGCAUACAAACAAAGUUUAAUCGCAGGGCAUUUACAGUUGGGCGACAAAUGAAAUGAUCAGGAAUAAUAGUAUUUUGCAGGCAUGCUUUUGGUCUACAUGUCUUUCUGACUUAAUGAUGAAGUGACAGAGUUAAAUAUUGAACUUUCCUCUGCAGGCAUACAGGAGAACUGCCGGAAAAACACAGUUUGUAUUCAGAUGCAAUCGGCCGAUCAUAAAGCAAACGAAAAACCUGAAAAGAGUUUAAUGAGUUACAGACUUUCCACUCGCGUCGUCUCGAGCCUCAACAUCUUUGUAGUCACGUGCGCGGUUCUCUCAGAUGUUUCAUACUGGCUUCGUUCUCUUUCAUAUCCUUUCGUUUGUCGCCCGUCUGUGUGCAGAAGUGAAAAAGCUCAGGCCUGUUUCAUAAAGUUUAGCGCUCGUGGAGGUUCAAUACGCUUUUCUGCAGCUGUAAAUACACAGAAACGUUUCCAGCUGUUAGUUUUUCGGCAGAUGCUGGCAGUGAUCGUAAUUUGUGAUACUGUGAAACUUUGGUACAGUUUGUUUUGAAAUGAAAAGCUUGUAAAUGCUGAGGUUUUGGUUUUAUUUUUUUUAAUUUUUUUUUUUUAGGUUAUCUCUGAUCUAGGUAACAAACACCUUCCUAAAAUAGGAAGGAGUUUGAUGCCAUCCUGCUCCGUCGCACCUGACUCAAAUGAAUGGGUGAGACGCUGGAACAAUAGCUUUUUUUCCCAUGGUUCAAACCUGUGUACAUGAUCACCAUGUCAUGUACUGAACUGUAAUCAGAUCAGAUCUUUGAAAAGAUUCCUUUCAUUCAUUCUGGCUCUGAAAGAGACAUUAUAAGAGCUGUUACAGUUUAACUUCCUCAUGCUGGCUGACACUAAUUCAUCUUGGAUUUACUGUUGCCUCAGUAAAGUGAUCAUUAAUGUAAGAGAAUUGUGACGAACAGGCCCGAUCAAUGUCGCCUUCAUUCUCGAGCACAGUAUAAUAAUACAUGGAAUGACUAUAAUACCACUAUUUUGGACAAUCAGAUGCAUAAACACUGCUGGAUUUCUCAGUCCACAUCAGCCUGUAAUAAUACAGGCUAAUACAGUCCAGAUCAAUCAUCUGAUUUGUUAUGAAUCCAGUAUAAAGGAUGUAUCUACAUCUGCAUGUGGAGGCGAUGAAGCUGCAGUUCUGACUCUUAAAACCUUGAAAGUCAUUGAAGGAACUCGUGUUUUACCCCAGAAUGUGACUGAAGAAAUAGAAAAUAUCAAUUUCCACAUAUCAGUGGAGGUCCAGGGCUGUAGGCUACUUUGCAAGGCGAGCAUGCCAACACUGACAGCACUGUUGGCCUUUCUAAAGUGCGUAGUCAGCCUUUUCUGGAGUUUCUCAACGAACCUUUUCUGUGCUGUCAGUCCAACUCUGUCGACAGGACGGCUCAUGAGCCGCCGAAUGACACAGGGUGGAAACAGUCAGAUAGAAAACAGACAUUUUAUUUAGAAACGAUAGAAUUAAAAACUUAAAUUUUUCUCAUGUUUUCAUGUGAUUCUUCUAGGUUCCUGUAGGCUUCAUAUAAACUUGUAUUUUUUAACUCAGAGGGACAAUAGGUUUUUAUCCCAUUGCAGACUUUUUACCUGCAUACAAGGGCUGAGAGUUGGUGAUGGUCAAGGUGCAACAAGCAGAAAAAGGAAAGAUUUUCAGGGGAUCGAUCGGUUACGAUUUAUACAUAAAAUCUCCCUCAUAGAAAGUUCUCUGCAUGUGACAGAGGACUCAGCAACAGUCGGAAAAAUCUACGCUAAAACGAGCUUUACUUCAAACCCAUAGGAGUAACAACAAAAUCAUAUAUAUUAAUUAGUGCAGACGGAGUUAUUCUUUGACCACAAUGUGGUUCAAACUCUAACACACUUUCAAAACUCCUGAAGUAACCAAACAAAUCCAGUGUGGCACAAACAGCUGCUGCCCCCUAGUGACCAAAAAUAUAAACUGCAUUUUGAAUUCUCUUCAUUUUCUCUAAUAGUGGAACUCAAUUUCUUCAUUUGUUAACUUUAAAAUCGUUAAAGUUAACUGUAUUUCUUUUGAGGUGUUGUGAAUCAGCUACACUAUAAUGUUUAAAAGUGAAUCCAUCCCAGAUAAUGAAGCUUUGAUACUGAGCUGGACAUAAGAGAAAUGAUGGAUUCGUUCUGGAUGAUCAGUAGUUUUAAUUUGAAGGAUGGCUGAAGGAGUGAGUUUAUCAGCCUGCAGCUCAGAGAGGUUGUUGAUUCUGCAGAAUCAAGGUCAGAGAAGGAAACUUCCUCUUUCUCAACACUCGUAUAGAUAAAUAAAAAUUACAUGAAUCAAUCCAUUCAACUCGAUAACAAUUGGAACGACAUUCCUAAUUCGUUCCCAAGCAGCAAAAACCUGUGAAUACAUGCGAUCAGGUCAAAUAUAUUGUGUUUAUUUUCAUAAUGUGUUGUUUUAUGAUUGUGUUGAAAGGGCAUGUUGCAUUAUUUUGCCAGAGACAUGAAGACUUGACAAUUGACAUGUGCUGGGAGGACAGUGGGGAAAAAAAUAAAUCUUAAGUUUUCAUUUAUUUGAAUUGUAUCAGGUGUUCAAACCAAUAUAUACAUACAUGAAAGUUUUGCAAAUGACUGAAUGGGUAAUCUACUAAAUAUAAGGAUGAAAUGUUCCCUUAAUUAGAUUGCUGUGUACCCAGCAUGCACUGCUCCUCCAGGCGUUACUACAGUCUGGAGUUACCACUGAAUUAUCGAUAAGAGACUUGGCUCUGUUUGCAGACUCCCGAACAUGUAAUUGUUUCAUCUUUUAACGUCAUGUAACAGUAGCUCAGACCUCGUUUAAUAACAUCUCCUAGUGUCAAUGUAGGAAUAUUUUUUCUUUUUCUUUUUUUUUAAAGAUUACCAUCAAUUUAGUUACAGUAAGAAAAAAAGUAAUCUGUUGAGAAAACACAUUCUGAUGUCACUUUGUGCUGAGAGAUGAAGAUGUAUUUUUCUUGUACAUAAAAUAAAAACAGAACAACCUCAGAGAAA